ACUUAGACGCUCCCUUAUUUAAAUCAUAUUUAAUUUGUAAUAAAAAAAAAUGUUACUAUGUGGCACCUCCAACUUGAGAAAUAUGUGUAUAUAAAUAAAUAGUGGGGGAAGAGUAUAUCCCAAGUAAUUAAGAGAAGAAAAGCAAGAUAUGCCUUCUACCAUUCUCCUUCCCCAAUCAAAUCCUCACGCCCAUCCCGCCUCCACCGCGGCGGCGAGCCUCCUCAAGCGGACGCAACCCAAGCUGAGUAUUCCAGUACCGGCCUCGGAGGCGCCGGACCACGUGUUGCGACACCACGCCCACGAGGUAGGCCCCAGCCAGUGCUGCUCCGCGGUGGUGCGGCGUGUCUCCGCUCUGCCGGAGGCGGUGUGGUCCCUCCUCCGCCGCUUCGACAACCCGCAGGCGUACAAGAGCUUCGUCAAGAGCUGCCACGUCAUCGUCGGAGACGGAGACGUGGGUACCCUCCGGGAGGUGAGCGUGGUUUCCGGCCUCCCUGCCGCCAGCAGCACCGAACGCCUCGAGAUUCUGGACGAGGAGGAGCAUGUCAUUAGCUUCGCGGUGGUCGGGGGCGACCACCGCCUCAGCAACUACCGGUCCGUCACGACCGUCCACGAUGACCAGGACGGGACGGUGGUUGUGGAGUCGUACGUGGUGGACGUGCCGCCGGGAAACACCGUGGAAGAGACUUGCGUGUUUGUGGACACGAUCGUGAGGUGCAAUCUUCAAUCUUUAGCACAACUUGCAGAGAACUCCAAGGACAAGCAAAGUAAUUAAAAUUUGUUAAUUGUUGCAUAUAAAUUCAUCCCUCCAAAAAUUAUCACAUUCAUUCCUCAAUGUUAUCUCAAGUUUGUACAAUGGUACAUCUUUAAAUAUAAUUUUUAAAUAUAUAAUUUUUGUAUUUUAAUUUUACAUUAUUUUUUCAUGUGAAAUACUCACCGUCUUCAUUUUGAUUAUAAUUUUAUUUUCUCUCUCUUCCUCAUAAAUUUUGCUUAUUUAU